AUGUCUGGUCGCGGUAAGCAAGGAGGGAAAGUCCGAGCUAAGGCCAAGUCGCGCUCGUCGCGGGAUGGGCUGCACUCGCGGGCCGGGCUGCAGUUCCCUGUGGGCCGCGUUCACCGGCUGCUGCGCAAGGGCAACUACGCGGAGCGGGUCGGCGCCGGAGCUCCUGUUUACAUGGCGGCCGUGCUGGAGUACCUGACGGCUGAGAUCCUGGAGCUGGCGGGCAACGCGGCCCGCGACAACAAGAAGACGCGCAUCAUCCCGCGGCACCUGCAGCUCGCCAUCCGCAACGACGAGGAGCUCAACAAGCUGCUGGGCAAGGUGACGAUCGCGCAGGGCGGCGUGCUGCCCAACAUCCAGGCCGUGCUGCUGCCCAAGAAGACUGAGAGCCAUAAGGCUAAAAGCAAAUAAGGCCACCAAGUGGAAGUUAAUUAGGUUUCUCUAAAUACAAUUUUAUAACCCAAAGGCUCUUUUCAGAGCCACCCAUGUUGUCAGAAAAGAGUUGUGUUGCUUUUUAUAUGAAAGU